AUGAAGACUCUGGAGACUCGCGGUGUCGGAUUGGAGAUUUCCCUUACGCUGCCAUCUGGAGAAUACGGAUGCCACAUCCCGAUUCUUGGACCACACAACCCAGAUGAGUGCGAUUGUGGGUGUACAGAAGAGGGUAUCAAAGAAUGUGACAUUUUCGGCGAUUUGCCGGACUGCGAUGAAACAGAAUCGAAUGGAACGACAUCCGAUAUUGAGAAGUCAGAGACUCACGGCGAUGAAACGAAAACUGAUGACGAGAAGUCAGAAUCUCAUGAAAACUCGGAGGCCGACAAGACUGAGGUGGACACUCACAAUGGCGAAUCGAAGUCUGGCAAUGAUGAGACUGAAACCGAUGCUGAAGAGUCAAAAGCUGAGGAGGACGACAAGAAGACUCACGAUGACCAGAGUGAUGAAGAACCAGAAACCUCCAAGGAUGAACAAAAAACCGACAUCAAGGAAUCUGGCAACGAAUCCAGCGACAAUGAGACUAAAGGCGACGAGGAGUCUCAAAGUACCACCGCGGAGACAGAUACCGAUUCAGAUAACGAUGAAUCUGAUAGCAAUCAAGAACCAGUAACUGACGGAAAAGAGGAAGUCGAUGAUAAUACGGAGGCCAAAGACAAUACUGAAGCCAAAGACAAUACGGAGGCCAAAGACAAUACUGAAGCCAAAGACAAUACGGAGGCCAAAGACAAUACGGAGGCCAAGGAUAACGCAGAGGCCAAGGAUAACGUAGAGGUCAAGGAUGACACGGAGUCCAAGGACAAUAAAGAACCAGUAACUGGCGACAAGAAAGAAACCAAUGACACCACAGAGACCGACGAUAAGAAGGAGACCGACGUCAAUAGAGAAACAGAAACUAACGCCGAGGAACCGCAAAUCCAGGACAACAACAAGGCUCCUGCCAAUGAACAUAAAACCGACGAUGAGGGAUCCGGCACCAAAGACAGCGACACUGAAGCUCAGGACUGCGAGUCGGCGGUUAACAAUAACGAAUCGGAAGACGAUGGUGAAGCAAAAAAGCAAGAUCCAGACCACAAUUCGAAAUCUGACGAUGCUGAAGUCGUUCCCCACGCUGAUCCUUGGACAUUUUCUGAUGAUGAAGACUGGGAUAGCUUUGAGUUCCGGGAGAUCUGCAAGUGUAAGCAUGGAUACUGCUAUUGUAAAAAAGCACCCCUAGCUGCCCGAGACAUCCUAUCACGGAACGCCGACGACGAAGCGCAUGACGUUAUGAUCAUCUGCGAAUACAAUGGACCAUUCAUCAAUUGGUGCAAGAUCUUGGAAGGAAAGUCCCGCGAAGUUCGCGAUACCGAAUCACAAACCACCGACAAAUUUGAAGAAACUCGAAAGAAUACCUGCACAUGCUUAGCUACGGAGGGUGUAAGGUACUGCAAGUGUGAUCACCCAUUGGUUUCCUACGACGGUGUAGACAAGAUUCGUCUUAUCGAAAUGGAUAAGGAGGAUUAA